AUGGCUUCUGUUUUGAAGCGCAAGAGAGGUCCAGUGCAGGUCCUGGAUACCCCCAAACGAUCAAAAUCUGUGAAAAGCGAGACGCCCCAAUCUCUGCAAAAUUUCAACUCACAGAAUGUGGGCUGGGAAGCGGCAUUCGGUGCCCCGCCGAAAAUAAAAGAUUUGGUUAAAAAGAACGGAAUCAAUGGGGAUAUGAGUGAUUCGGAAGAAGAAUCGGCUGCAUCAGAAGCUUUGGAUUUCGACGCUCUACAUGAGGAGGACUUUUUGGCGAAUGGCCUCGAUACAACGACUAGGAAGCGUGCAUUGAAAGGGCAAGAUCACUUGAAGACAUGGAAAUUGUCUGAAUCGAUAGGGGGGCGUAUGAUCAAUGCCGAUCCAGCUUUUACAGCCGACGAAAAACAUAUUAUCGUUGCAAGCCGUACCACCGUCCACAUCUAUUCAACCUCAACCUCUCUCCUCGCCCGCUCAAUAAAACUUAAGAUCGAAGAUAACAGGCCUAAUGCCCGGAUCUCCACUUACUGCUUGUCGCCUACCCAGCCGGAAAUCGUUUGGGUGGCUUGCUCAGAUGGCCAUAUUUAUAGCGUCAACUGGACUUCAGGGGCUGGCGCGACACAAUGGUGGGCGACAUCCUCUACAGGAUGCGAUUAUAUGACGGUAGCAUCCAUGGAAUCUGCAGGGCGAAGAAGAGAUGUCGUCUUCACAACCGAAAAGCGGAAAGAUGAAGGUUGGCGGGUCACAGCACAUGAAUUGGCACCCCCGGACGGGGAAAUCAAGAUAGCUGCUAGGACCAUAUACACCUCUAACGAUCAAAUUACCUUUCUUACAACAGCUAAGGAAGGUACUGUUGUGGUUGGCGCUGCCGGGAAGAAGCUCCUUCUCGGCCGCCUGAGAUCUACAGAGUACGACACUGUGGACAAGAUUAAAUUCGAGUUUCGAGUUUUUGAGACUACCGAUAGGAUAUCGUCCCUAGAUGUAAGAACCUCUGAAAGGACUGGCACGGAAGCUCUCAAGAAAUCGAUCCUAAAGAAAAUACCUAUUGUGGAUCUGGUCAUUGGAGAUGUUAGGGGCGCUAUCUUCGUGCACAACGACUUAUUGGCGAAUCUCAUUCGAGCGCAGGACGGAACACUUCCAAAGGGGAUUAGUCUGACACCCAGAAAACUGCAUUGGCACCGGCAAGAAGUGCAGACUGUCAAGUGGUCUUUAGAUGGCAAUUAUGUUAUCUCUGGUGGCACCGAGACGGUUCUUGUGCUUUGGCAACUUGAUACUGGAAAGCAGCAGUUUCUUCCUCACAUGUCAGCCACCAUUCAGAACGUUGUGGUUGCACCUUCAGGGUCAUCUUAUGGUAUCCAGCUUGCCGAUAAUUCAGCCUUGAUUUUGUCUACCGCAGAACUACAACCAACGACAAAUAUUGCAGGAAUACAAGCGAGUGUCCUUGGGACUCCCGAAGAUUCCAAAGUUUGGAGGCUUCAAGACGAGACUUGGAAACCCCCUCUAAUUCAACGCACUCCUGCUGUCAUCAACCCUCGUUCGCCUUCUCAAUUACUCCUUGCAGUAGGACAGAUGCACGAGGUAAAUCCUCGAGAACCUCUUGUAAUGAGCUCUCCUUUCUUGCAAACUUUUGACCUUGGAUCUGGUCACAAUCUAUACCGCCAAGCUUUGACAAGAACGAAUAUCACCAACGUCAAUGCUGCCCCGAGUGCUCAUCGACUGUCGGAACCGAGAGUUACCCACAUGAAAAUAUCUUAUGACGGUACCUGGCUUGCAACUGUUGACGAAUGGACUCCCCCGGAGCAUGAUCUAGCUUUUCUAGGCCACCAAGAGAAAGACCUUGAAGUUGAAAGAAGAGCUCGGCGCGAAGUCUUCCUCAAAUUCUGGCAGUGGAGCUCUGAAAACAAGGCAUGGGAGCUAGUAUCCCGAAUCGAUACCCCUCAUACUCUCGGUCAGAGCUCCUCUUUUGCUGGCAGAAUCUUAGACAUCACUGCGGACCCCACGUCAUUACGAUUCUCUACGGUUGGUGAGGAUGGGGUCGUCUGUGUCUGGUCGACAAAAACCAGAAAACGAGACAAUGUUCUCGUCCGAGACAAGGAUGGCAAAGCGUUUCGCAAUUGGCACUGCCAGAAAGCUAUUUCUCUUGGGAAAUCCGAGCUUUUGGAUGAGCCCGGUAGUUUAGAUUCACCUUUGACAAGUGGCGGCGUUGCGUUCUCUGAAGAUGGUUCGGUUUUGGCUGCAGCGUGUACCAGCCGUAAUGGGGUACUGCAUCUCGUGGAUCCGGAGUCUGGAAUUAUUCGGAUGUCUCAGAGUGGCUUAUUCGAGGGAAACAUUGUCAAACUUGAUUUCCUCGGUCAAGACCUCAUCACUCUGUCAGACAAGCUUCUCAUAUACGACUUGGUCUCGAAUGAGACAAGGUUCGGCAUCACUCUGCGCCGCGAACUUACCGAGCUGUCCAUGGAACAAAAGCAACAAAUGAUGCACUUGGCAGUGGACCAAAGGAGUCGGACUUUUUCAAUUGCAUUGCCUAUCAAGGCGUGGAGCAAUGAGAAAGCAAAUUCUCUCCAACAUCGGCAUUCUGAACUAUUUGUUUUCCAUCAAGACAAGGCGCGGCCGCAGUUGAAGGAUAUCUUUCCAUCAAUUGUUACGGCUCUUUUGCCUGCUAUCGAUUCGGAGGGAUAUAUUGUCCUCGAUGCCACUGCCGAAAUCCGAACAGUCCAUAAAAAGGGAAGCCAAGUGCUCACCACAUUGGCCCAAUCAACUUCAGCUCUUAACUUAGAUAAUGAGCCACAAGAAUCUGAAGGACUCUUGCGCCUUGUUAACGAUGUGGAAGAGGCCGAAGAGAUGGAUGAAGACCAAUUACCGCCGCCGGCAGCAACCCAAGAUGGGAAUGAGGACGACGAUGGGGAUGAAACCCCCGUGGUGACACAACAACAACUCUCAGAAGUCUUCGACAUUGGGCCGUCCUUUGCCUUGCCGCCAUUGGAGGAAAUGUUUUACCAAGUUGCUGGUCUGUUCUCAAGCAAGCCGCUUGUGAAUGUUCUUGGGGGUGUCUAA